AUGAGAAAGGAAACCUUCGACAGAGGAGACAAAGGGCCUGCACGUACUGCAGAGAGGAAAGACUCGUAUGUGCAUAACCUCACUUUUCACUCGAUACAACUCAUCAGGCUCUUCCUAUUAAUUAAGGAAUGGGUGCCCUUGAACCGGGACGAUUCCUGUAAUAACUGUAUAGAGAAGCAAUUAAAAUGCAGUAAUGCCACUGGCAGUCUGGACAAGGCAUUGGAUAUGGCUCUUGAACUACAAGAUUAUGAAUUCUCUGAGGCUCCAUCUGCUCAAUUCACAUCUCCUUCAUUUUCAUCAUCAGACACUGAGGAUCAAUAUGGUGGCAUUAUUUACACUCCUUCCGACGUUUUUGACCUUUCCAUCGACUAUUUCGGUGAAGAUGAUGCUUGUCGACCCGAGCCAGAAAAACAGCUCCACGAGCUCCCUUUGCAUACACCCACAGCAGAUACAACUAUCGACUCAUCGAGCUUGCCAACAAUGUCCGAAUCCGGAUCCUCCUCGAACGCUAGGAGAUUUGUUUGCACACCCUUCUCGUUGGCCUUGUCGCUUAUUAUACUUGGUUCUGGUACUCCAAAGGUAAUUGCAGCUUAUCGAGGAGAACAAGUAACGACGAAUGCCCUAGACUAG